UGUUCGGUGUGUAGUUUUUCUUGUGAAUGUGUUAAAAUUUACAUCAAAAUGGCUGAAUUGUGUGAUUCACGACCAGUAAUACUAACAGUAGGAAAUGGCACAAAGUUUCACGGCAUUCUUCAUGCAUUUGACGUUCAUACAGGGAAAAUCGUUUUAAAAAAUGUUAAAACUGAUGGUGCCAAACUCCUAGGACCUAUUCACAUGUACCUUUCUGACCUGAUUGAUUUUCAGUAUGUUGAUACAAAUGAUGAUGGAACCGUCUCAUUCAGCAAGCAGAAUUUGCUGUUUUUAAAGUGUACCAAGUCCUGUGCUAAAACAUCUCAGGCAGACGUCAUGUCCCAAAAUUCUCUCAACUGGUCAACUGACUCAGAUGCAGACGAUAGCAAGCCUUCAACCCUGAAAGAAAAUGUUCAGCUGAUAGACACAAUCUCUGAUGCCUACUUUCAAGGGUUGAAGCACAUCAACAGCCAGACAGUUAUUGGUGUCACAGUUGAUGGCAACAACAUUGGACGACUUGGAACAUUAUCUCUGAUUGAGAUUGCAACAGACACAAAAAUCUACAUCUUUGAUAUGCUGGUCAUGAAAAGUGAAGCUUUUGAUGCCGGACUGAGAGAGAUUUUUGAGAAUGAAAACAUAAAGAAGAUCAUCCAUGAUUGUAGAUUUAUUGCUGAUAUGUUGAGGCAUCAAUACAGCACAGAGAUGAAAAAUGUUUUCGAUACUCAGGUGGCUAAGGCAUUUACUGUCAAGAGUGUUGGGCUGAGUAGGUAUGUGCAGAACUUGACCAACUGCCUCAGGGGCCAACUUUGUUUAACUGAUGACCAGGUCUUUAAAGUCCAGGAUUAUGAAUAUAAGGACUACGAGAAAUUAAUUCUAGAAAGGCCUCUCUCAGACAAGUUGUUGAACGAUGUUAGCACUAAUGUUGGCCACAUGAUUAGACUUUAUAGAGUUCUACUGGAGAAGAUGUUAGAUGAAUAUACCACUGCUGUGGACAUCUAUAUGAAUUACAUUGACUACAUGGAGGGCGAUGUAGACAAGUGUAGAAGGUUUGGACAUCUGUUUCCAGAAAUUUUUGGGGAAUUGAACAAAUGGCUGUACCAAGCCAAGUCCUCCUUGAAACAAAAGGAUCUAUUGUGUAGGAAAAGUCAGACUAGAGAGAGUGCUGAAAGCAGUGAAACAGUAUUAGGUGAUAGUUCAGGAUCCUCUUCAUGUAAAGAUUGUCAGGACAGUGCUACAGAUGUAGUCAGUGAAGUUGUCAUUGAUUCAGUGAUUAGUCCUGACAUGGUAGAGCUAAAUGAAACCUCCAGCAAUAGACCUGAUGUCCUACACAUGAAUGUGACCUUGAGUAGCCAGCAGAAGAGACCUGAUGUCUUAGACUUGGGGAUGACCCAAACUAGUCAACAAGAUGCUAGCCAUGAGGACACCACCAGCAGCAGCAACAGUCUUGGUGUCCAUGACCUGGAGGGCACUCCUAGUAGCCAGGACAGUCUGGAUCUGCAUAUUUCAGAGGAGACUCCCUGCAGCAACAAUACCACUUCUGAUGCCUUGGUCUUAGAGGAUACCGCAAGUCAACAAAGCAGACACCCAGAUAUGAUUCUAGACUUAGAAUAAUAAGACAUUUAUUUGAUUUUAAAGAUUAAAAAAUGUGGAAUAGGACCCUAAUAUCUGGAUGCUUGUUUGGUAUUAGGAAUAAACUUCAAUCUACUAUAAUGUAAUGCUAACUUUUAACACAAAACAUAGAAGAAAAAAAAUUAAACACAUGAUAAAGUUUGGGUCUUUAAAGUUUUAUUUUUACAAUAAGCUUCACAUAAUCAAUUAUUUCAGUAUCCUAAGAGCAUUUUAUAUUUUGUUAAAAAUAGUUCAAUAACUUGCUGGCCCUGAAAUGUAUUUAUUCCAAAGUGGAUUGGAUAUUUUUUUAGAUUUUACAAAUCAUUUCUUUACAUUGUCUCUCCAAGAGCAACAAAAAAAAAAUCUAUUUUUGUAAGAGAUGUACUAUACCUGGUUCUAGUAGUGAGCAUGUUGAUCUGAUAGCAUUUUAAUUUCUUAUGUUUUUAUUGAAUUGAUGAAAUGACUACUAGGAACUUACGCUUGCAAUUUUUAAAAUUGAUAUCCUUAUUAAGAGUGUGAUGUUUUGAGGAUCUCACUGCUAAUUUUAUGAUAUUUUGAUCUCAUUGUUAAUUUUCUGAUGUUAUGAUGAUCUUAUUGAUAACUUUGUGAUGCUCUGAUGAUAUUAUUGCUAAUUAUAUGAUGUUUUGAUGAUGUCAUAAAGCACAUAUUAUUUUAUAUGUUUUUUUUUUUUAAACUUUAAUCGCAGUUUCUUACAUUGUUUUGGUACAGUGAGCUAGAAACUGUCAUGUCUUAAAUACCAAGCAUUUGAAUUCAUUCCAGUCAUUGAUUCAGUAGCACGUAAAUCAUUAAAGAAAAGUUUUGUUUCGUGUGUAUGUAAAUGAACCUUUUGGUCGUAGCACAAUGCAUCAUGGGGGGGGGGGGUCUCUUGCAGACAUGGCCUUGACAUUGUGUGCAGAAGUGAAGGGGCUCAUUUAUUUAAUAGCCUGAUGGGAGCUGGUUGAAACUAAUUGUGGACAUUCAUGUCUUCAAAUGGUUCCAGCUUCACUUUUGCCUGGCUCUUUUUUUUUUUUUGCCCUCAGGAAUUUUCACAUAUGCUCCAUAUUUCUUUAGUUUGCUGAACGCCAGCAGCCAUUGUUUUGAAAACAUUUUGUGUACAUAGACCUGCUGAUAGUUUAUAGAUACGCUUUCCUUUCUUUUAAUGUUUGGAUUUUGAACUUUUUUGUUCAUGUUCUUCCUGUGCUGCCUACUAUUAUUACCUCAUAACGGCUUUACGGUGCCAAUUUGUUGAUAGCAUGACCAAGUAAAUAUGUUUAAUUAUUGUUUUAAAAUUGGUUAGUAAAAGUUACAA